GGUUUUUACGCCCCCAUGGCGAUGGCGGCGCGCGCCGUCCUCCUCUCCCGUCUAUCGCCGCUCCAGGCCGCGGCCUCCCGCCUCCUCCUGCGCCCCCUCGCCGCCGCCGCGACCCUCCUCCCGGCGCCGGCCUCGCCCGUCCCGGCGGCGGCGCGCGGAUCUGUGCGCUGCUUCGCGACGCAGCCGGCCUCCUCGUCGCUGCGAGACAACUCGCCCAACUGGAGCAACCGCCCGCCCAAGGAGACGAUCCUCCUCGACGGAUGCGACUUCGAGCACUGGCUCGUCGUCAUGGAGCCGCCCCCAGGCGACGCCUCCAACCCCGAGAUGAUGCGCGACGAGAUCAUCGACGGCUUCAUCAAGACCCUCGCCCAGGUCGUCGGAAGUGAGCAAGAAGCCAGGAUGAAGAUAUACUCGGUGUCAACUCGUCAUUACUUUGCUUUUGGCGCUCUUGUAUCUGAAGAGCUCUCCUAUAAACUGAAAGAGUUGCCCAAAGUCCGUUGGGUUCUACCUGAUUCUUACCUGGAUGUAAGAAACAAGGACUAUGGAGGGGAACCUUUUGUUAAUGGGGAAGCUGUUCCUUAUGAUCCUAAAUAUCAUGAGGAGUGGGUCAGGAACAAUGCCCGUGCCAAUGAAAGAUCUCGGCGCAAUGAUAGGCCCCGCAACUUUGACAGGUCAAGGAACUUUGAGAGGAGAAGGGAGAACAUGCAGACCUCCCAGAACAGAGAGGCACCUCCGGGGCAGCAGGGUUUCAACGGCCCUCCACCUGGCCAUAACCCAGGCAACAUGCCUCCACCUCCACCACCACCUGGUCAGAACCAUGGCAACAAUCCUCCACCAUAUACUCAAGGUGGUCCAUCAAAUUACCAACCCCAAAUGCAGAACCCACAGGCAGGGUACACACCGGGCGGUGCACCCCAAAUGCCGAACCCACAGGCAGGGUACACACCGGGUGGUGCAGGCCACAUGCAGAACCCACAGACAGGGUACACACCAGGCGGCGCACCCCAAAUGCCGAACCAGCAGGGGGGUUACAUGCCCAGCGGUGCUCCUAACUAUCAGCAAGGCGGUCCAGCUGGCUACCAAGGUGGACCUCAGGGAGGUAACCAAUUUCACCAAGGAGGCAACAUGCCUGGCGGCCCUGGACCAGCACACCCAGGCGGCAAUCCUGGAUACCAAGGUGGAAACACGCCCCAGCGUGAUGGUUAUGGCUAUCCUGGCGGGUACAACGGCAGUGCACCAGGUAGCUAUAAUCAACAAUAAUGUCAAGGAUGAGGCAAACCAAAGUACCAAUGAGGUUGCACUGAGUCCACAAAUGAACUGAUUUCCUUGGGAAGUGUUGCCAGUAUAAUUCCCUGGAAGAUGCAAUGUGCAGUAGUAUAAAUCCAACUAUCGUUAUGGGAUAUUUUUAUUGCUUGUUCUAGUGACCUAAAUAUUCUGUGAUGCUGAAACUUUAAUGUGCUAUAUAGCUGAUGAGUUUAGUACGUCCACAUUUCAUUGUGAACCUAAGUUAUUUUCUGUUGAGACCGUUAUGGUAAGUUUAAUAGAUCCAUGAAUUGUGGUACCUAUUUCCUGUUCUGUAAUCAUGUGGACCAGUUA